AUGACAAUCGCCAACCUCCUCGUGUCCCUGAACGACAAGGUCCAAGAGAACAAGGGCCAGUCUGUUCUCUUGACGCUCGUUAUUGCUCCGUUGAUAUACCUCUUUAUCAACGAACUCGUCCGACACAAUGCACGCAUCAGCAAUCUCCAAGGACCCUCCGGGCUUCCGUUGAUCGGGAAUAUCUGGGAUAUCCAUAUCAACGCCGCUGAAAAGUAUCGCGAAUGGUCUAGAAAGUAUGGCAAGGUGUAUCAGAUUCAGCUUGGCAAUAUUCCCAUUGUCGUUGUCAACUCGGCCAGCGCUGCAAGGACCAUCUUUGGAGCCAAUGCCCAAGCCCUGAGCUCACGUCCCGAGUUCUAUACUUUCCACAAGGUAGAUGCGCAAUGCUGUCGUCGUCGCAAGGGUGCCGCUUCUGCCCUCAACCGACCGUCGGUGGCUACCUACGUCGAUCACCUCGAUAUCGAGACUCGAGACUUUAUCAAGGAGCUCUGCAACUAUGGAGAGGCUGGCAAGAUCCCCGUCGACCCGAUGCCCAUGAUCCAACGCCUCUCGCUGUCCCUCGCUUUGACACUCAACUGGGGUAUUCGACUCAAGAGCCAGGAGGAUGACCUCUUCAAUGAGAUCACCCACGUCGAGGAAGAGAUCAGCCGCUUCAGAUCGACUACUGGAAACCUGCAAGACUACAUCCCUCUCCUCCGUCUGAAUCCUCUCAACCUGUCAUCUUCCAAGGCUCGCUCCAUGCGUGACAGACGCGACAAGUACCUCGGAGAUCUCAACCGCGGUCUCGAUGAGCGAAUCGCCAAUGGAACUUACAAGCCGUGCAUCCAAGCCAACGUCAUCAUGGACAAGGAGGCCAAGCUCAACAAGGACGAACUCACCUCCAUCAGUCUGACCAUGCUCUCUGGUGGUCUCGACACCAUUACCACGCAGGUGGCCUGGUCCAUCGCCUACUUUGCCCAGCAUCCCGAAAUCCAGGAGAAGGCCAAGGCGGAGAUCGAAAAGUUCUAUGCAACCAACCAGCCGAUGUGUGAUGAGGAAGACGAUCAGAAGUGCCAGUACAUUGUUGCCCUCGUGCGAGAGUCUCUGCGAUACUUUACUGUGCUUCGACUUGCUCUGCCUCGCGCCUCUAUCAGGGAUGUUGUCUACAACGGAGUUACCAUUCCCAAGGGAACUGUUGUCUUUUUGAACGCUUGGGCUUGCAACAUGGACGAGCAAGUCUGGACAGAUCCCGAGGUCUUCCGACCAGAGCGCUGGCUAGAGCAACCCGAUGCCCCCUUGUUCACCUACGGUGUUGGCUAUCGCAUGUGCGCCGGAUCCCUGCUUGCCAACCGAGAGCUCUAUCUCUUGUACAUGAGACUUCUCAACAGCUUCAAGAUCGAGAAGCACGACGACAUCGAUUGCGAUCCCAUCACAGGCAACUUGGAUCCCACCAGUCUUGUGGCUAUGCCUCGCCGCUACAAGGCCGUUUUCACGCCACGGGAUCCCAAGGCCUUGAAGGCAGCUUUGGCACAGCAGGUGGAGUAG